AAAAUCUUGCCAUUACGCGGUAUUAAUUAAAUCUCUGGACCACCAAGGCACCUAGGAUGAGGAGCUCCUGGCUAUAAUAGUAGUCCUAACAGAAUUGUGAUAUCACUUCUUACUCGUGCCCGUAUAGCAUUAGUGAAGAGCGCAACAUAGAUAAGUACCUAGGUACCUACCUUCAUACAGGUACGCCUUGAACAUCACAUUCGAUACUGUCAACUUCGCACGUACCAGUAAUCUUUAAUUACUUGGAUCAUGAUCGAAACUCGACCAGGCAUGGGCCCAAUCUCCCCUGACACGCUCGCCUACACAGGCUCGGCGUUAGAUGCCCUCGAAGAAUUGGCUAAAACGCAGACAUAUGUCGAGUUGCUCCAUACGGCGCAUUCUUUGUGGUGUGGCGGUUCGUGUUCCCGCAGCAUCGAGUGCAAAUUUCUUCAUUAUAGGAUGCCAAAGUCCCGGGCUCCUGAGAAACCAAACUUGGUCCCAAGUCAUCGCUAUAACAAACACACGGCUAACUAUUUUACUCUCAUGGGCGGUGAGGGUUACGAGCCGGGAUUUUCACAAGAGCAUCAAGUUAACUUUUGGCCUCCUCUUGAAGCUGUUCUACAUCGAAUCGACCAAGCCCGUGAGAAGAGCAGCUUCUUGUUCUGUGACUAUACGGAUUGGACAAAGAAGCAAGAUACCUCAGCCAAGCAAACGGCCCAAGGCCUUUGCCGGGAUAUAAUCCAAUGGCUGGCCAUUUGGACCGGUAUUGAUCUCAAGACUUCACCCCUUAGCAUGUGGCUUACGGCCAUGAUUGCCUCUCCGGAUGAUUUUUGUAUACCUCCGCUGGAUGUUGUGCACCAGAAAUUCCGAUUAUAUGGUCGUUCCCUCCGUGACCUCGUACAGGCAAUGGUGAACGACAACUGGGGCCGGGAUGCAACCCAUGUGCUGCUUGAUUGCAUCCGCCAACUCAUUUUCCAGUAUGCCGAAAAGGUCGAGUUUGAGGGUACAGCUAAUAGUGACACUGGCAUUCACGCUCAGAUGGGCCUGCAUGCCGAGGGCAUAUGGGAUAGUAUCGUACUCCGAACGCAUAGUGCUGGUACAUACGCCUGUAUGAUCAUAGUCUCCCGGAUAGCGGGCUUGGGUUUGCUAGAAGAAAACUGGGUUUUGGGUAGCUCUUCCAAUUCUUGCAUUUCCAUGGACCUGGCCAAAUCAGCUGCGCGUAUUUACCAAGUAGAUAACCACCAGCCGACCAUCAGUUUUGGGGAGAAGAGUAUGCAACCGACUCUUGAGAGAAGGAGAAAGACUGGAUAUCAUUCAGUAUAUCUUGACAUGAUGGAUGACUUGGUCAGCACUGGCUGUCCAGAACCCCUACUACACGUUGCCAGCACUUUUCUCGGCGUCCAGCUAGUCCAUCGAUAUUGGGAACGUAGCUUAGGUUAUCGAAUCCCGAUUCACCAAGCUAUGGCCGAUACCCUACGUAGCAUUUACGGGGAUGAGCCAACGGAUGCGCGAUUGGAUGGUCUUUUUCACUUGCGCUGGCUAGUGAGCGAUCAUGGUACAAAGCACAAGACUGGUGCCAAAACCACGCUCUGUCCAGAGCUGCUAGCUGCGUGUUUGAAACGCCAGCAACAGCGGGAGUCUGUGUGGAAGCCUGACCAUUCCAAGAGUUGUACAGACUCCAGACUCCCAAUUUACAGUCCAGACGACGAUGGUUCAGACGCCACCGAGUGGGUCGCUGUCGUUCAUCAGCUGUCGCAGCAGGCCAACAACCCCAGAGAAUUACAGAAGCUGUUGACUUCUCUUAUCGUGGUAAACUCAACACGGUUGUCUAUUGACCAGCUGAAUGCUGUUGGCUCACAGGAUGACAUUUGGGCUCUUUGUAUGGCUUGCAAGGUUGAUUGCAGUAAAGACUGCGAGUGGCUGGCGUUCGCAAAGUAUAUCCGGAAACAGUUCUGCUCUGCUUCUCACCUCGCACAAGAGAUCUGACUCAGAAGUUAAGCCCAUGGCAGAACAAGCUUCGCAUUUUCGUAAGCUAGGUUCUUCUACAAAUGAGGGAUAAGGAUAUGGCAUGUUUACGAAUGAAUGAAUGAAUGAAUGAAGUUUUCCUUGAUCUAUCGUGGGGUGGACAGCUUUGGAUCGCGAAUCUUAAGCUAACUCGGAGAACAAUAGAGGCCAAUAGUGUGUUUGAAUCGAAAUCUAACUUUGAUAUAUAUAAAGUACUAGGUUAAGCAGUUUUCUGCUCUCAGGCUACGGUUUCAUA